AUGAUAACAAGCUUCUUUGACCAAUUUGCAAGCCCUUCUUUCCUAGGAAUUCCACUCAUCGCUGUUGCAAUUGCACUUCCCUGAGUAUUAUUCCCAACCCCCUCAUCUCGCUGAAUAAAUAGUCGACUCACCACACUUCAAGCAUGAUUUAUUAACCGCUUCACUAAUCAGUUACUUAUACCUUUAAAUGUAGGUGGACACAAAUGAGCCUUAAUAUUAACCUCAUUGAUAAUAUUUCUUAUCACUAUUAAUAUGUUAGGUCUCCUACCAUAUACCUUCACUCCCACAACUCAGCUAUCACUAAAUAUAGGACUUGCUGUACCACUCUGACUUGCUACAGUUAUUAUUGGUAUGCGAAAUCAACCAACAGUUGCACUUGGCCAUCUUCUACCCGAAGGAACCCCUAUUCCCCUGAUUCCUGUAUUAAUCAUCAUCGAAACAAUUAGUCUAUUUAUUCGACCCCUGGCCUUAGGAGUACGACUUACAGCCAACUUAACUGCAGGUCACCUUCUUAUUCAACUUAUCGCCACAGCCGUAUUUGUUUUGCUACCCAUAAUACCAACGGUCGCAAUCCUUACAGCCGCCGUCCUAUUCCUCUUAACGCUCCUAGAAGUUGCAGUAGCAAUAAUUCAAGCCUAUGUAUUUGUAUUACUUCUAAGCCUCUAUUUACAAGAAAACGUUUAA